UAUGCACAUAAUCGUACCUUUUCUUUGGGGGGAUAUUUCAUUCGCGCAUGCUUUGAGAAACAGCUGCUAAUCCCGGCCAUUUCCCGUCCGCAUUCCCGAGAUCCCCGAAGCGUUCCCGGGAUUGGCGCUCAGCCGCCAAAUCAAGCUUUCUGUGCCUCAGGUGAGGGGCUGGGCAUUCGUCCCAGCUUCGCAAACGCAUAA